AUGUUCACUCCGGAGCAGCUUCAGAAAGUAUGGAUGCAACUAGCGUUGCAGGGAAUGGGCGCCAAUCUCGCCGGCUUACAGGCGUUACAGGCUGCCAGUAGCGCUGCAGCAGCUCCUCCUGGCCUAUUCCCACAUAUUCCUACAGCUAGUAUUCCUGUGUUGAAUCCUAGCUCUCCGACAACUUCAAAUCUUACUGCUGAACAGGUAAAUUUUUAUAUAAAAAUUCUUUAUGCUCAUUAUUAGCU